AUUUUCAUCACCAAAUCAAACAUUUCCAUUUUAAAAAGUGACAUUUCAUGAAGUGGAACUGCUGAUGCUGAUCAGAAUUCCAAGACUUUUUUUAAUAUAAUACAGUGUGUCCCUAGCCAUUGGACAAAGCCGAAAUGUACAUAUGCAUUAGGGUAUUUAGAACCAGUGUACAAAGUAUCAUAACAACCGGUGUAGCGGUUUCGAAGAAAUUAACAAAUUACCAUUUUUUACUUUGGAGCAGCCUGUACCUAUGUGUUAGUAGCUGCUAAGGUGAUAUCUUCAAAGAAUAGUAUGGAACCUUCUUCGACCUUUUUGAUUAUCUUUUUUAUUUAUGACACUAAUAAGCUUCUGACUAUUGAGUGUGGAAUUAAGAGGAGUGGCAUCUCUUAUGGUAGAACUGUUGCAAAAGUGUCCAGCUGUCAGCUAUAAAUAAUAGUUCCAAAUCUCUCCAGAGUAGCGCUAGAGUAGCUAAGAACCUAGGCGCUAUUGACGGAGUGAAGUGCGCUGUCUAUGAUUUGAUUUUUUUGUUCAAGUAUUCUAGGUAUUGUAGCGCCACCUAUUUAAGGUUUUUUGAUGACACUUUUUGGUACAUGGAGAUUUAUUUCCUUACCUCCACCUUCCGUACUUCUGACUUUUGAAAAAUUUCAUCAUUAUCAAAUAUUUCGAACAAAUUGUCAAAAACACUGCCAAAGAUUAACACAGUGUGUGUUUCUUUUUGUUGUCGAUUAUUGCAAAUAACUUUUGUUCGAAAAAUUUAUUUUUUUAUCUUUUGUUCUAAUUAAAAAAUAUUAACGUCAGAGCAUUCCUGAGAAGUAACCCUACAUGGGAUUUCAGGGUUCGUCCAAUGGCUAAGGUCAUCCUGUAUAAUAAUCUUUCUCUCACCGGUCUCCCUAAUUGAAGUCGGUUUUUUUUUCUUAAAAAUGAUUUGUUAUGUAGAAGAAGAGUUGGCGCGGGCCGUCGUCCGCGGGCGUGCAGUGCGCGGCGUGCGGCACGCGCGUGUUCGCCGCCGAGCGCGUGACGGCCGACGGCCUGCAACUGCACCGCGCGUGCUUCCGCUGCGCCGUGUGCAAGGCCGUGCUGCGGCCUGGGUGAGUCGCUUAAUUAAACACGAAAAAAAAACAUCAACUUUUGCCCCGCUGUACUAAACGAAUUUGGGCUUGUGCACAAAUCACGCGAAGUUUUUUCGAAUACUUUUUUGUCACCCCUACGUGUAAACCUACGAAUAAAACGAAUUGCAAUUUUAUUGCAAGUUUGAGAAAAGCAUUAAAUCUCGGCGAGAAACGGGGUUGCCGGCCGCGUAUCCCUGUCCAUCCUCGACACGCUCGGCCGUCUAUAUCUACUUGGCCUGCAACCCUUCGUUUCCCGUCCUCUAUAGUAAUGUACUAAUACACACCUCGACCAGUAAAUAACAAAACCUCAGGUCACAUCUUUGUCGACGUCGGCUGACAUUUUGACCUGGGCUGACAAUUUGUAUUAUUGCCAUUUAUCUAAAAUUAUCUCAUAUAAUUUUUUUGAUAGGAGUUACGCAAUGGAGAGUUACGGCAGCCGCCUAGUGUGCCUCCGGCACGCGGGCGCCGCCCCCGAGCCCCCCACCCCCACCCCCGAGCGGAUCAGCAUCGAGCUGUCGGACGGAGCGAGGGAGAUAGACGAAGACGAGUGGACCGACCGCAACUGCCUACAGAGCGAGACGAGCGCCGCGCCCGGCCUGAGCGACGAGGACGAGUCGAGCUCGGACGAGUACACGGACGCGGCGUCGGACCGUUCCGGCGGGCGCUCCCCGGACGCGCUGCCGCACAUCCGUCCGGCGCUGUACUCGGACGACUCGUCCGGGUACGACGACCUGUCCACCGGACCCGAGGGUGAGUACUAAUAGACUACCUGAAGUAGUGUUCUGAGUGUAUGAGUAAAAUUAUAAAAUUGUCUUGUCUUGUCUUAAAAACAAAGAAGAGUAUAUUGAGUUGUUAUUUAAUUAUUUGUUUACUCUUAAUAAAAACAUAUUUUUACAAGCAAACCCUUGGGUGAUCACCAGUAUAUAGAACUAGCAUCGAUAGUCGAGUUUAUCGAUAAAGGACCUCCCUAUUUGUCAAACAAUUUUGCCCCGCGGAUUCCUAUGUCUGCUAAUGAUAAUAUGACUAUCAUUACAUUAUGACUUUCAAUUAUAUUUCGUCACUUCAUUUUUCAGAUAUAAUUUUAUAUUAACCAUGUAGUUUCCCUAUUGUACAGAUAGCAUCGCACACAUUUAAGAGUAACUAUUUUGAUUAAAACUGUGAAAACCAAUUUCCGCCCACUUCCGCUUACUGGUUACCUGCGUGCGGCGACCGCUGCGCUCUUCAUUCUUUAUUUGUGCGUGAUAGCGUCCACACCUCGGUCUAGUUGCCGAACACUUCGGCACAAGACCACAUUUUUUAUAACGAUCUUCGUUGCCUACUAUGGUGUUAGCUGUGAGAUUUCAUUGAAUUCGUUGUGCAAUAUACAUAUAUUUGUUUUUAAAAUCGUUGUGCAAUCCUUCAACUUGAAGGACAUACAUACAUCCUGGAGGUUAGUCGAGAACUAACACGAUGGAAAAAAUCAUCCUGGAGGUUGGUCGUGAACCAACACGAAGGAAAGUCUGUUCGUAUUUCGAACACCGAUUUCGCCCGGGGGUUGGUCGUGAACCAACACGAAGGUAUAAGAUCGGAUAACGCACAACGAAACAAUGGAAUAAAUCAUCCUGGGGGUUGGUCGUGAACCAACACGAAGGAAAGUCUGUUCGUAUUUCGAACACCGAUUUCGCCCGUAGCGGCGAUUGGUCGUGAACCAAAAGAUCGGAUAACGCACAACGCACAACGAAACAAAGGGCCUAGACA